CCUCACAUCUAAGUACACUUUUGACCAGUACUUACUAGAUUAUAUAUGUCCUUGCGAAACUUAUUCUCGUCUGCGGGUAUCCGCCUGCCUGACAUGCAGCCGAACACGAUAAACGUUGGAGGGAUUGUUGCCGAAGUAUGGGGAAUGGAGAGGCUGACGCGGGACCCCGUCGGCGAGGUCGCGGUCAUGUUCUUCCUGCACGGGAGAACAAGAGACAAAGAGACUAUGCACGAGGCGACGCAAUAUAUUCUGGCCCAGCUGCAGGAUCGCAAGGAACGGUCUGCCAUUGAAAAAAGAACUCAUGAUCUACUGAUAGUAACACUAGAUUCCAGGAACCAUGGGGAACGCGUAGUUGACCCGAAUUCAAUAUUGGGAUGGGAUCAAAAUCCAAUGCAUGCUGUAGAUCUGUAUGCUAUGGUUGCUGGAGGAGCCUCGGAAGUCUCGCAGCUCGUUUCGUUUCUUCCUUCAUACCUGUUUCCUGAUUUCCGGGGCGCGGCGGGGUCACCAAUCACGACUUGGAUCUGUGCCGGUGUCAGCCAGGGGGGACACAGCACUUGGCAUGUCGGUGUAAACGACCGGCGCGUCAAGUUUCUGUGCCCCAUAAUUGGCUCACCUGAUUAUGCCUCACUGUUCCAACAUCGUUCGAAGGUGGCUGGUGUAGCUCUUGUUCCUCCGGCGUGGCCAAAGGCUCUGGAAUUGCUUGUCGAUGAAUCUGAUCCCGUCAAUCAACCGUCAACUGUCUGGGCCGACAAGGAUAUACUUGUUCUUAGCGGUGGACGAGAUCCGGUGGUGCCCUUCAAAGAGGGAGGGACCGAGGCAUUUAUCGAAAGACUGCGCUCUGAUGGUCAAACAAGAACAAGGGUCAACGUCUUUGUAGACGAGACCGCCAAGCACCAGACAACUAUCGGAAUGGUGAACAGGCUGGUAGAGUGGCUCUGGGAUGACGUGCUUCCAGAGUCGGUAUGAGAGCGUAUGAUUAUGGUAUGUUGCCGGUAUGCGCAAACACUACAGAAAUAAUAUGCCGUGUUC